UAAAACUUCAUUGGAACGUGCGGCUACGUCAUAACUUUAAUUUUUGUGUGGGCCUCAUGUGAAUUAUCAGACCAACCCAAUUGCCACAGAUUAUCGCAAAUGCGUUGAUGCGAAAAUGUUAUACCUAAUACAAAUUGGGAUAUGAAAUACUGCGUGACUAAUUCCUUGCUAAUUGGAACCUUUAUGAUUUUCAUUUGUUCGUUGCGGUUAUUAGCUCUAAUAAUUGUAUAAUAUUGUCCAAAGUGAAUGUCAAGGUAUUGUAAUCAUAGGUUGUUUGAUCUGUUCUACUAAAUGUCCGCCGAUUGUGCAAAUAUCUACGAAUCAGCUUUCAAGUGCUAAUAGGUAGUGUAAUCCAACUUGGAUAACCAGCUUGCUAUUUCCAUAUCUCAUCAUGCAUCUGAGUAUCAGUAAUAUUUGGGACUCUCAGCUGGACGAGUCGAAAUGGAUGCACUUCUGAAAAUUGUUUUGUUGAUCAGCUUAUAUUUUAUUGCUUUAAACCUGCACCUGGGAUUGUGUGACGAUGUACCUUCCGCCGAGGCAGACACGGUUGUAACUGAGAGUGAAGAGCACUACACUGCAUCCGAUGACUUUGACUAUUAAGGGGGCUACGAAUUAGAGCCCUACAAAGCCCAUCCAUGGGUAAAUAAAUGUACUAUCUUUCAGCAGA